UGUUUCAGUUUUAAACCUUUGUGGCCAAUUUACAUAAAAGUAUUGGUAAGGUUUAAAAGCAUCAUAAUAAGUGUUUUGAAAUACCUUUUUUAUGGAGACUUUGUAAUAAAGUCAGCUUUAACUAAUGCAUUAUACAAGUUAGAUGGUAUCUGAGUUCCAGUGUGAAUAGUUAAAUAGGUGAAUAGUUAAAUAGGAGGUUUUGAGAUACCAAUCAGCAAGGCUUUGUUUUAAGUGUUUUUCAUCCUCCCUGUGUAUCUGGGAGGCAAUCACAAACUAUUCAACGUUUAGUGAGUUAUCAUUCAAUCGUCAAAUAUCACGGUAUCACAGCUAGUGUAACGCGCCUGUUCUCUGAAGUGGAACACCGACUGAGUCCUCUAGUAUAACAUUAGCAGUUUGUGAAUGUAUUGACAAUAACUCAGUGGUCAAUGGAAAAUGAGCAGGCCAUCUUAGGUGUUUAGUUUGACAAGUGUUUAGAAGGAAAUCGUAACUGGAAUAUGAUAGUUUGUUAGUAUCAGAUACACCGCAAGUGGGACUGUUGAUUCACGACCUGAACUAGUCGGGGAUCAUAGGACAGACCUGAGCAUGCUGCCAUAGUCUAGCAGGACUUAUAAUUAUUGUUUGUUAAAGAACGUUACAUUACAAGUGUUUUGCAAAACUGGAAUACAGAUACAACCUUAAUACUGGGAUGCCAGGUGUCUGAAGUGACCAGGUACCCGCUGCAGAAGUUUCCACUGAUGGUAUGAGGCUGUACAAGAUGUUUGCACUGCAUCUGCUAGCCUGCGUGUGUCUGCUUCUGGCAGUCAGAGCACAGGAGGAUGGCGUGAUCGCAAACCUUGCCUUUAACAUUUCAGAGGGCCUCGAGAACGGUACAUAUAUUGGUAACAUUGCAGGAGAGUCGAAACUUGGCCUUAAUGGAGGCUACAACUUUCGACUGUCAUCAACGGUUAAUCCUAUUGUGUCCUUGACCCCUUUGGGAGAAUUGCGAACAGCCUACCGGAUUGAUCGGGAAACAGAAUGUCGCAAUGAGGUCAAGUGUUCUAGAGAGUUCCAGGUCACUGCACAUAAAGAUGCUUCAGUUAUUGUAAUUACAGUUACUCUGAAUAUUUUGGAUGUAAAUGAUGAAACGCCAACAUUUGAUCCGAGCAGCAUGACAUUGAGGUUGUCCGAAGCCAUACCAGUGGAAACACUACGGCAGCUUCCCGCAGCAGUUGACCUUGAUAAAGGUCCAAACAAUGGAGUGGCUGGCUACGAGUUCUCUACUUUCGUUCCUCCAUCUGAUCUACAGAACUUUGCAUUGGUUCAGGUUGUUGACAAUAAUACAAAUGCAGUCACAGUCAGUUUGAAAAUUGCAAAAGCUUUAGAUCAUGAGGUCAAAAACAGAUAUGUCCUGCAAAUAUUUGCCAAGGAUGCUGGGCAACCAAUCAGGACGGGCACUUUGACAGUGACCAUCGAUGUCAUUGAUGAAAACGAUAAUAAACCAGUGUUUGAGAAUUCAAAGCUGAAUGUUACUGUAACAGAGGAUAUAUCUGUUGGAAAAACUAUUGUGUCUCUUCUUGCUUUAGACAAAGACUCGGAAAAGUAUGGAGAAGUGGAAUACACAUUGUCUCAGCCAACCAUGUACAUUAGUGAACAUUUCACUGUGAACUCUUCAUCUGGUGAGCUGAAGGUGGCUCAGAAACUGAACUAUGAGGCCGGGAGUAAUGUGAAGACCAUAUACAUAGUUGCUAGAGACAAAGGCGAACUACCUCUCUCUUCCACUGCAACUGUGCUAUUGACAAUCAAAGAUGCUGGCAAUAAACCCCCAAAGAUUACGGCUACCAUAUUGGUGAAUGAGAUCUCUCCAAAUGUUCUUAUAGUUAGUGAAGCAGCUAAAAUCAAUGAUGCCAUUAUGUAUCUUUUCGUGACUGAUUCAGAUUCUGGGGACAACGGGCAGGUUUCCUGCAGCAUUGUUAACACCUAUUUUGGACUGGUUGUCAAUGGUGUUGGUUACAAUGUCUUUGUUCAGCAUUCAAUCGACAGAGAAACCCAGGCUGAACACAACUUGACUGUUCGCUGUUCUGAUUUAGGAGGUCUGUCAACAUCUGCAAGCUUCAAAAUAAAAGUCGGUGAUGUAAAUGACCACACUCCUACUUUUGAUAAAUAUUUGUAUCUCAAAAACAUAGAGGAGAAUAAUACAUAUGGUUCUGAAGUUCUAAGACUUAGAGCAACAGAUGAUGAUAUAGAUGACAAUGCAAGAAUAACCUAUAGUGUUGACAGUUCUAAUGAAUUUGAGAUAGUUAUGCAGAACGAUGAAGCGGUGGUGAGAGCAAAAAUAACAUUGGAUCGUGAGAAGUAUGCGCAGAAGAUUUUUCAUGUGUUGGCAGUGGACAAUGGCAAUCCACGCAGGACGGGCACUGCUACAGUGCAGCUUAACAUCCUAGACAUCAAUGACAUGGCUCCCAUGUUCACCAUGACCAGGUACGUGUUCCGAGUGACUGAGGGCAGUCCUUCUAACACCCGCGUGGACUUUGUGACCGCAAUUGAUGAAGACCAGGGUGAGAACCAAAGACUGCGAUAUGAGAUCAUGCCACAGUAUGCCCCUGGUGGAGCACUGGCAGUUCCAUUUACAGUUCUAUAUGAUGGUGAAGUGAAAACAACACAAGAGCUGGAUCGAGAAAUGAAGGCUAGCUAUUCAUUUAAGGUGUUAGCAGUAGACUUUGGUAUACCGGCGCAAACAGGAACUGUAGAAGUGCUCGUAAAUGUCGAAGAUAUAAAUGACAACAUGCCAAUAUUUGUUUUCCCAUCUGCAGAUAAUAACACUGUCACUGCAUACAAUGAAAAGUCAGAAACAGAAAUUGUCAGGUUACAAGCCACUGAUAUGGACUCUGGAAUCAAUCAGGAGCUCAUCUACUUCAUAGUGGAAGGUGACCCAGACAAUCGCUUCUCCCUUGACCCCAGCUCAGGAAAAUUAUAUAUUGUAAAGUAUGUGCAUUUGACUGCUGACAAAUUGAUCUCUUUGCUUGUGGCUGUAUAUGACAAAGGCAAACCUCAACUAUCCAGCAAAGCUAGCUUGAACAUUAAUCUGAGGUACACAAACUCAACAAACAGUGGCCUUGGUUCUUCAGAGAAGAGCAACAAUAGUUAUGUGAUCAUUGUGGUCACAGUGGUGUGUAUAACAUGCCUGCUGUCAGUGACUAUCAUCACGGUGAUCUGUCUGAUACGCAGGAAGGACAUUCACAAGUGUGGAAAGGGCGGCAUCGCAGCCCUCGUCCCCAAGAUGCCAGGACGGAGGCCCGAGUCUCACCAGACAUUGCCCAAUGACAAGGUCUACCCGACAGAUGGCACUCAGAAAAACAAGAAGGAAGUGAGCUUUUCAUUGGCAGACGGGGACAGUCUAACCAGCCAUGACAAAAUCACGAGAGUUCAGACGCUGCUUUCUGCACGGCAGGCCCCUCAGGCCCCGCUGGUGAGUGUGGGCAGGGAGUCAGACCUGCUUCCAGCCAGUCUGCCCCGCCCCCUCGCAGCCACUCUGCCCCGCCCACAGACCAAGUAUUCUGACACGGACGUACAGAUGGUGAUUGGUCACCACCGCGAGGACAGCCACAGCGAGACUUCAGGGGAGACAACUACUAGUCAUGACAGCGGAAAGGGAGGAAGUGUGGAGGGGGACCAUGAGCCCAAGUUUGAGAUGAACCCUUUGAACCCGUCUGCCUAUCUGAUCCUAGAUGGCCACACCAGCCAACCACACGAUCUCUACAGCAGACCAAUCAAGCAACAGCAGCCAUCAACAAAUGCUGUUAAACCUGACUAUGAGAUUAUAAACAGCGCUCAUAAAGACAAACAUUUACCAUCAAAGUCUAGCGUCAACUUCCCUCGGAGUUUAACAUGGAAUCCAAAACAGUGCCAUAAUCUGAAUUCUACGGGUAGUUACCCGGACUCGGACUAUUUGAGUCUGGGCUCGAACCCCAACCUCAGCCAUGUGAAUACAAGCAUGUAUCCAAACUCUGGUAAACAUGUGCAAAAGAACUUUCCUCAUUCAGGAUAUGUGAAUUCAGCAUUUAACUUAUCGAGUGACUUUCCAUUGUACAGUUCCAAUAGUUUGAGAGACGAUGAUGAGGCAACCACAACCUCGGGUAGCUACACGGUGAACCACGAGGACCUGGAGGACGACCUGCAGCGGAGCUACACGCGAUUCUCAGACUAUGUUGUCUGAUCAUGCAGAAAAGACUGCUUUAUUAUCCAUUGUGCCAAAUAUUUGUUGAUUGUACCAAACCCUUUAGAAGACUGAUGACUGUCACAGUUCAUACUUCACUAAACUGAUCAGACCUCACAGUCCUUGGCGAGACCUCCUUCACUGCAGUGUACCUACUUUUCACAGUCGAAAGUGGCAGCCUUGAUCGUUACAGUUUGCUGGCAGUGAAACCAGCAGGAAUCAUGUGCGCUCUGAAGUCUCCAAUGUCCACUUUGCAUGAGGAACUGUCAAUAUACAUCUCAGAUGAUCUCACUUUAAAAUUAGUGUUUUGUAUGAUAUACUUGUGUACCUGUUGAUGUCUCAAGUUCGUAGCAUAAUCAGUAGCAAUGUGUUCAAAACCUUAAACCAAUAAAAUGAGCCUUGCUCUGGGAAAAUGCGACGUAAUGCAUGUGCCUAGUGUCGUACCAGUGUAGCCUGUGCAGUCCACACAGGCUAAUAAUUAAAUCACUUUUUGCUUAAACUGGAUGUCUGCGUUAAAGAGAUCUUCAAACAAAAAAUGCCUUUAAAGUGGACUGCACAGGCUAAUCUUGGAAGAAACUUUACACACAUGCAUUAAGCCCCAUUUUCCCAGAGCACGGCUCAGAUAUUUGUGCAUUAUUUGGUUUCAGGUGCUUUAAUCAAAAUCUUAUUUGUUUUUAAUUUUGAUGCAUUUUGUAAAUUGAUAUUGUUGUUUUCGUUAACUGCUGUAACAUGACUAUUUCAUGUGCUGGUGAAUGCAUAGGGCAUAGGGCGGGAUGGGAAAGCUGCCUGGUACUGACAUUGAUAGGCCAGAUCGGCGCAGGUUGGGGAAAUUAGAUAACGUAAUGGGGAAAUUAUACUGAGUUGAUCAGCAUAUUGAUCGGAGGUUUGGAAAGGGCUUUCCAUUAAUGGUCAUUUCCUGAAUAGAAAGUCACACAAUUUAAUCAUUAAACUAUCACCCAUGUAACAAUGGGGUACACUGUGUAGUGUAAAAAGACAAUGAGGCGUGUCAGAAAUCCUAUUGUACUAAAGCUUCUGCUGCAAAAUGAAUGGAAAGAUAUCAGUGCUACAUAACAGCUGUUGUUAGUUAUUAUAUGAAUAUAUUAGAGUAUAUUACUUUUAUAAGUGGAAAUAUUGUUACUUACAUUUUUGUUUUGUGUUAUGUAAAUAUUUGUUAUAUUGAACGAGAAAAAAAUAUUCUUAUAAAAAUUAAUAAAAUGAACAAUCUUAA